AUCUCUCUCGAUAUUCAACCUCUCUCUCUCUCUUUCUCUCUCUUUCUCUCUCUCUUAAGUCUCAAUACACACACUCCCUCUCUGCCCCCCUCUCUCUCACACACGCACGCACUGUACACACACCCACCUUUCCUUAAUUCCAAUGGCAAAAUCCUCAAAAUCAAGCUCAAAACCUCCGAUCGUGCAAUUAAACGAUCUCGAAUUCGACUCCAACUCCUACUCACUCGAGAAAUUUACACUCUACGAAACUCGAGCGAGAUUUUAUCUGAUUGGAAGCGACCGGAAGAAGAGGUACUUCCGAGUGCUGAAAAUCGAUCGAAUGGAAGCUUCGGAGUUGAAUAUAAGUGAAGAUCCUGUCGUUUAUUCGUCCAAGGAAAUUAAUAGUUUGCUUCAGCGUAUUGAUGAGGGAAAUCGUGCUACCGGUGGAUUAAGUGUUGUUGCCAAAGUUUAUGGCAUAGCUGGUUGUAUUAAAUUCUUGGAACCUUAUUAUCUGAUACUGGUCACUAAGCGUCGGCAAAUUGGGUGCAUAUGUGGUCAUGCAGUAUACAGUAUAGAUGAAAGCCAAAUUAUAUCUAUUCCACACGUGUCUGUUCAAACUGAAGCAGCUUAUUCAAAAACUGAGCUGAGGUACAAGAAGCUUUUAUCCUGUGUAGACUUGACUAGAGAUUUUUUCUAUAGCUACACAUACCCUAUAAUGCAAAGUUUGCAGAAGAAUGUGAUAUCAAUAUCUGAAGAAAGGAUGCCAUAUGAGAAUAUUUUUGUGUGGAAUGCAUUCUUAACUGAACCAAUUCGAUCAAGAUGCAAUAACACGAUAUGGACACUUGCUUUGGUCCAUGGGAAUUUUAAGCAGACGAGGCUCUCAGUCUUUGGAAGAGACUUCAGUGUCACACUGGUCGCCAGACGCUCUCGACAUUUUGCUGGGACACGCUAUUUGAAAAGAGGAGUAAACGAUAGGGGGAGGGUUGCGAAUGAUGUUGAAACAGAACAAAUUAUCCUUGACGAAGAAGCCGGUUCAUGCAAAGGAAAAAUGAGUUCCGUUGUUCAGAUGAGGGGUUCAAUUCCCCUCUUUUGGUCGCAAGAAGCCUCCAGAUUUAGUCCUAAGCCUGAUAUCAUCUUGCAAAGGUAUGACCCUACAUAUGAGGCAACAAAGAUGCAUUUUGAGGAUUUGGCAGAGCGAUAUGGCAACCCCAUAAUAGUCCUUAACCUUAUUAAGACCGUCGAGAAACGGCCCCGAGAAAUGAUGCUGAGGCGUGAGUUUACCACUGCAGUUGGAUAUCUAAACCAGAUUCUUCCAGAAGAAAAGCAGCUGAAAUUUAUUCAUUGGGACUUUAACAAGUUUGCCAAGAGCAAAUCUGCCAAUGUGUUGGCUGUUCUAGGUGGCGUGGCAAGUGAAGCACUUGACUUGACUGGGUUCUACUAUAGUGGAAAGCCGUCAGCUAUCAAAAGAAAAUCCAGCCAGAUCAGUCGUACCAGUAUUACAAGGGAUGCUUCUCUUAGAGAUCUGCGAGCUAAUUCUGGGGAUCUUGCAAGAAUUGGGAGUAAUAUUGAUACUCUAAAUUCAGCUUUAAUGCAAAACAGAGAUUGCACAGGACCUCAACAUUCUUCAAAUAAUAACUAUGGUAAUGCCGCACCAAGGUUUCAGAGUGGAGUUUUGCGCACCAAUUGUAUCGAUUGCUUGGAUCGUACGAAUGUUGCUCAAUAUGCUUAUGGUCUAGCAGCUUUAGGCCGUCAACUACAUGCAAUGAGUUUGACGGAUGAGCCUAAAGUGGACGCUGAUAGUAGCAUUGCCGCAGCUUUGAUGGAAAUGUACCAAAGUAUGGGGGAUGCUCUGGCCCAACAAUAUGCUGGUUCGGCAGCUCAGAAUACUGUGUUUCCCGAGAGACAGGGAAAGUGGAAAGCAACGACGCAAUCUAAGGAAUUGCUAAAAUCUAUCCAGCGAUAUUACAGCAAUACUUAUACUGAUGGUGAAAAACAAGAUGCUAUAAAUUUAUUUUUGGGCUAUUUUAAACCACAAGAUAGUAGACCAACUAUAUGGGAUCUGGACUCUGAUUAUUACCUUCAUGUUACUGGCAUUGAAGAUAAUUUCACCCCUGAGAAGAGGUCUCAUUCAAAUUCUAGGUCUGUUGCGGUCCUUUCCCCUGUUCCUGCUUGGAGAGAGGACUUCUCUCGGAUAAAGUUAACAUCAUUCGACAAAUUGUUACAACAAACAUGCAGCUCUAUUAAAAAUGUGAGGCUUUGGGCCGAACCUGCUCAAAGAACUGGAAAUUCUGGAAUGGCACCUGAUGCAGCAGAAAUUCAGCUUAAAACCCCAAACUGGCUUUUUGGUCAAAGAAAGUUGGACAAGAGUAGCUCACCGCGCAAAGUGGUGUCUAAUGAAUGUGCUGACGAAGAGUCUAAGAUUGAAAGUAGAGUUGAGUACUUACUUGACAUUGACUGGCCUUCUUAUAUUGGUAACACUAAUGAAGAGGAGGUGUCCCAAAGAUAUCUUUCCAUGACUUCGGUAGAUGAAGCUAAUGGAUGGUAUGGUGGUACUUUAAUUGGUGAUCAAGAUGAAAACAGUGAGAUUUACAAGCAUUAUGCUGAACUUUGUCAGGGUCCUGCAAUGGAACCAUUCCAGCUUGAUACUGAGACAGAGAAGCUCUAUGCCGAUUUUCUUCAAGCCGGCACAUUUGAUGGGUCCAAUGAUGCAUCUGUUGAAAAAGAAAUGGAAGAAGCUCUAAAGGAAUUCAAUAGAAUUAGUGCAGAUCUUGGGAUCAUCCCUAGCUCGUGUAAAGCUUCAUAUGGGGACCCAUGUCAAUUGACGAGAUGGAUAAUUGGAGAGGAAAAGAUUCAGAAGGUUUGAUGAGCAUUCUCUUCGGGCUUCAAUCGUUAUGCCACUUUGUGAAUACCAUUAUACUGUAUAAUUUGGUUGAUGGAUUGGAUUGGUAAAAUGUAUAAUUAGGGGUGAAUUAUUAGUUGGAAGUACAUAAUCGAUAUAAUGGGUUUUCAUCCAGUGAGUGUUUUAAGUGUCUAAAACUCCUAUGCUUUGUCUUAAUUGGCUGUCCAUGUUACAUCAAUGGAGUUUUAGACACCAUGAAAAAAUUCUUACAUUUUCAUUCA